AUGAAUCCAUACUCCAAUCCUGGAAUCUCGCGGUUUUUACGGCGCUCCGCAACAGCAACAACAGCACUUUCCACUCCAGAUACCCAUGAGCCUACAAGCCCUGACCGACCUCGAAUCACCAUUCCACGAACGCUUCGGGGAAGUGGUAGCCGCUAUCCCAACAUUAAUAACAACAGCAAUAGCCGAGAGAGUAUCACAGGUAUGGAGAAUUUUCAACAAUUACCACCUGAUGAGAUUAUGGAUGAUGGAAUGACACCCAUCUCUCCCGCGCUUUCAUGUAAUGAUUUUUUUGGUUCAGACCCUGUACAGAGCCUGGAUGGGGCAGUUACAAGAAAAAAAUCAACAAAGGAUGAUAUUGAAGAACAACUUAUUGACAGCAUGUUUGAACAAGAGUUUGUUCAAAAUCCAGACAGUGCCUAUCAUAAACCUAUACCAAAAAAACGAGCAUCAAAGAAUAGCAAAUGGGCGACACCUGCAAUAUCUACUGAUCAUAUGGUUUUUUGCCAUGAUGACAGUUUAUGUCCACCACCACCAUCACCACAUCCUUCACAAUCUGAAACCGAAUCACCACGAAAAACUGGGCUAUCAAAGAUAUCCAUUCAAAUCCAAAAAGAAGAGUUGGCAAAAACUCCUCGACUGUUACCCCAACGAGUAGAACAGAUAAAAUCAACGCAGCCAUCUUCUCCGGAAAUCACACCUACACCUAGCAAUACCAAACUACAGCCAAGUAAAAAGGAAAGGAAAGGACUACGGCAUUCAGACUCGGCAGAAUACCUCCCGGAAAGCCCAGUGCCGUUCUCUCCACUCACACGAACUCCUUUAUUUUCUGUCGAAGACUAUGCAGCAUUUACUAGUCGACUCAGUCGCGACCAAAUGCGUGCGCUACCAUUCAGCGUGCGGCGCAAACUGAAAGCUUUACUUGUAACAGGCACCGCUUCUGAAGCCGAUGCAGCAGCAGUUUCAGAGCACUUGGAUCCUUUACUCUACGUUUCUGGGGUGCAGCCACUGCGUAGUUUAUUACCAGAGGAAGCGGAACAGCUAACUAACCAAGCAACCGAGGCAACAGCCCUUUUUGAUGAAGAUAAUGGAGGUCCUCUUUCUCCAGCACAGUCUAAUAGUUCGUUGUCUUCGUUUCCAAGUGCCACACCAUUUUUACCUUCUAGUCCGAUUGCCAUACAAGAGGCUGAUAGCACAGGUCCUAUUCAGUUUAUGGCACGUCCGCGGAGGAAUUUAUCUUCACCAGUCAACAACAAUGGGGACUUCAUUUUGUCACCAUCGUCCUAUUCGUUACAACGACAAGUUUCACAGCCGCAAAUUUCUACAUCUUUUGGUGGAACAUUAAUACGAAAACAAGGACGAGCAAAUACUGUUUCGACAUUUAAUGCAUCACGACCAGGUAGCGAAGGUGGCAUUGGAGUUUCGUCUGCCGCUGCGGCUGCACUUUCACGAACAUCUUCAUUUCGACAUCGCAGUAGUAACAAUAACAGUCUUGCAGACUUGUUUGGAAGUGGGCAAUCGCCGGCCAUGCAAUUUUUGUCACGGUUUGGAUCGGCAACGAACAGCCCGCAAGUAAGCCGGCGCGGAUCUAUAGCUGGAGGGUUAGGGUCAGGUGCUACUGGAUCCGGGGCUGCACUUGCCGAUAGAGAACUUGGGAUGGAAAUUGGAGAAUAUAUUAUAGGCAAGCAAAUUGCACAUGGAGGAUUUAGCCAGGUGCGCGAAGCACGAACAAUCGAUGAAGAUGGACAUGAGGUUGUGCGCGCUGUUAAGAUAAUGGAUACGCGUGCCACAAUUCUUGAUGAUCGGGUGGUUUCUGCUGUGGAACAAGAGCUUGCAUCAAGAGCUGAAGGCACUGAGCAACCCGAAGCUGCAAUUGUCACGGAAGCCGUUGCAGAGCGGAGCGCACAACUGCAAGCACAGGUAGAUCACGAAGUUGUGCUGUGGAAAGCCCUUGACCAUAAAAAUUUGCUCCGCUUGAGAAGUGUGACAGAGCGUGAUGGACGUGUUUAUUGUUUUGCUGACAAAAUAUCUGGAGGAACUCUGUAUGAUCUUGUUCGUGCUGAACACGGGGUUGGUUUGUCGCCUCGACGUGUUGUGGGAUUUGCCCGUCAGCUUUCGGCAGCACUUUUGUAUCUGCAUGAAACAAUGCGGAUAGUUCAUCGAGACGUGAAGCUGGAGAAUUGUCUUAUUGAAGACGGAACACAUCUGCUACUAUGCGAUUUCGGAAUGUCGGACUAUUUUGCGGACGAAGACGGGGACUACAUUGAUGACGGAGAAGCCCGUGGUGAUAAGAAACUGGCUGUAUCGCAAUCAGAGACUGAAAAGAACAUACAGACAAGUGCCCGCGGCCCGAAACCUCGUUCAGGAAAGGUUGUUGGUCCAGCAGAGACAUCUUCAAUAAUGGAUCAUUAUCACAAACGAAGUAGUGGCAAAUCGCGGCCACAAUCAGUAUCAUCGGGGGGAUCAUCUCGGUCUUCAUCUCGCCGCGGGUCUACCGGUGGUCUCCGCGGAAGUAUAAGUGCCGGCCCGAGCAGCACAAGCAGCGCGGAUGAUGGCGAAGAGCACUUUGGAUCGUUUCCAUAUGCAUCUCCAGAAGUUUUGGAGAGUUCAGUUCCUGUAUAUGCACCAAGUGUUGAUAUGUGGGCUUUUGGCGUUGUAGUGUACGCGCUUGUUAUGGGCGACUUGCCUUGGAGCCAUGCGUUGUUGCCAGUGCUUCGAGAACGUAUAAUACAAGGAGUUUGGGAUGAGCGCGGUAUUUUUCGGCGCAUGUACCGACGAACGUUGGAAGAAGAACGGAAAACAACGACUGACGAAAUUGCUCGUGAAUGCGCGCAUGAUCGCGCUUACAAGACUGUGCACUUGUUAAGGGGUUGCUUUGAAAAAGAUCCACGGCAGCGGCUAACAAUACGCCAGGUAAUUGAUGGAAGAUACUUAGAUUGA